AUGGAAUCUGUAGGUGCUGAAUACUUCAAUGAAUUAUUAUUUAGAUCCUUAAUUGAGAAAGAUAAAACUACUGCAGAAGAAAAGUUUAGAAUGCACGACCUCAUUUAUGAUUUAGCUAGACCGGUAUCUGAAAAAAGUUCUUGCUACUUUGAAGGCGAUGAAAUCGCAGGAUCUGUUCGCCAUUUAUCCUUUCUUCGUCAGAGGUUUGACAUUUAUAAGAAAUUUGAGGGCUUGCAUGAGCGAAACUGUUUGCGCACAUUUCUACCACAUGUCCAAUUUCUAAACACUGAUUAUUACUUAAGCAAAACGGUGUCACAUGAUUGGUUGCCAAAACAGAGGUGUUUGAGAACACUGUCACUGUCUAAUUACAAAAAUAUCGUUGAGCUACCUAAAUCAGUCGGCAAUUUGGUGCUUCUCCGAUAUCUUGACCUUUCCUAUACUUCCAUAAAAAAUUUGCCGGAUGAAAUCUUCGAGCUUUACAACUUGCAGACUUUGAAACUAUCAAAUUGUAAAUCUCUUAUGGAGUUAUCAAGACAAAUAGGAAAUUUGGUCAAUUUACGCCACCUUGAUAUUAGUGACACAAAUUUGGUGGAAAUGCCAGCAGAAAUAUGCAGACUGCAAGAUCUCCGUACAUUGACUUCCUUCAUUGUAGGCGAGGAAGAUGGAUUAAGGAUCAGUGAAUUAAGAAAAUUUCCUUAUUUGCAGGGUAAGCUUUCCAUUUUGAAGCUGCACAAUGUUGUUGAUCCCAUGGAUGCAUUUCAAGCCAAUUUAAAGAAUAAAGAGCAGAUUGAGGAGCUUAUGCUGGAGUGGGGCAGCGACCCACAAGAUUCACAAGCUGAGAAAGAUGUACUUGACAACCUGCAACCAUCAACCAUGUUGAAGAAACUGAGUAUCAGAUACUACAACGGCACAAGUUUCCCAAAAUGGCUGGGUGAUUCUUCAUAUUGCAAUGUUAGAGUCCUGUGGAUCAGUGACUGCAACUAUUGCCUGUCACUUCCGCCAUUUGGACAAUUACCUUCUCUUAAAGAGCUUGUUGUUGAAAGGAUGAAAAUGGUGAAGACAGUUGGUCAGGAAUUCUAUUGCAGCAAUGCAAGUUGUCCGUCCUUUCAGCCAUUCCCAUUGUUGGAAAGUCUCGAGUUUGAAGAGAUGUCAGAGUGGGAGGAGUGGGUACCAUUUGAAGGUAGUAACUUUCCUUUUCCUUGUCUGAAGAGUUUGUGUUUAUCCAAAUGUCCCUUGUUGAGAGGAAACUUGCCCAACGGCCUACCUUCGUUGAAAGAGGUUCGUAUCAAAGAAUGCAACCAAUUCGAUGGGUUCGUAUCAAUUGAAAAGUGUGACAGCUUGCAGUGUUUACCAAGAAUGAUACUCAAUGCCAAUUCUCUUCGACGCUUGAAUCUUAGAAAUAUAAAGUCUUUGAUUUCCCUCCCAGCUGAUGGUUUGCCCACGUCAGUGGAAGCACUUCGCAUUGAUCUCAGCACUUUGGGGGAUGAAGAAGUGGUAAACACUUUGCUGAGGGAGUCAUCACUGCCCACUUCUCUCACGUAUCUACGGCUGUGGAAUUUUGAUGGUUUAAAGCGGUUGGAAGGGAAAGGGCUUCAACAUCUCACUUCUCUGAAAACGCUUUACAUCUUCGAAUGUGGAAGCCUCGAGUCAUUGCCAGAGGAUCAACUGCCAUCGUCUCUUGAAUUACUGUGUAUAAUCUCUUGUCCAUUGCUAGAAGAAAGGUAUGGAAAUGAGAAAGGGAAACACUUCACAAAGAUUGCUCACAUUCCUGCCAUUCAAAUAAACGAUCAAGUCAUAAUAUGA